AUUUGGCCAAGUCUUGUUCUACCACACCCAUCUGCAGUUGCAGCAGCAGAGCGAGUUGAGCUAGCGUGUGAACCAGGUUGGGGGAGACGACGAUGGCUACUGCGUAUGCUCCUCCGAUGGCGAGCCAGCUGCUGAAGAGCAACAGCAGCUUGGUCUCCUCCUCCAAGCCGAGGGGUCUGUCCGGUGCUUCACUCACCACCAGGAGGCCCCGCUUCGUCGUCAAGGCUAUCAAGGCUGACAAGCCAAACUACCAGGUGGUGCAGCCCAUCAACGGCGACCCCUUCAUCGGCAGCCUGGAGACGCCCGUCACCUCCAGCCCGCUCGUCGCCUGGUACCUCUCCAACCUCCCCGCCUACCGCACCGCCGUCAGCCCGCUCCUCCGCGGCAUCGAGGUCGGCCUCGCCCACGGCUACCUCCUCGUCGGCCCCUUCGCGCUCACCGGCCCGCUCCGCAACACGCCCGUGCACGGCCAGGCCGGCGCGCUCGGCGCCGUGGGGCUCGUCACCAUCCUCAGCGUCGUCCUCACCAUGUACGGCGUCGCCUCCUUCGACGAGGGCGCGCCCUCCACCGCCCCCUCGCUCACCCUCACGGGCCGCAAGAAGGAGGCCGACAAGCUGCAGACCGCCGAAGGGUGGGCGCAGUUCACCGGCGGGUUCUUCUUCGGCGGCGUCUCCGGCGCCAUCUGGGCCUACUUCCUCCUCUACGUCCUCGACCUCCCAUACUUCUUCAAGUAGACUGUACUCUUCACCAUGUACGUAUGUGUGCAUGCAUGGAUGUAGAUGCUUGUUUGAGUCUGUGUACGUGUAAAUGAAUUUGUUCCGCACGAUCAA